UGCAGAUGGAACAAGCUGUGUUUUGCUUUAAUUAAAGCAGUGCGUCAUAAAGGAAAUAUAUACACGAGUGAUUUUUUUUAGUAUUAUUAUUAGUAUUGGUAAUCUAUAUCGGAGCACUUUGUUAUAGCUCGUCAUUCAAGUUAGAUCAAUCGAUCGUAUACCAUUUAAAACGCUACUACUUGUUCUUCUCUCUUUUUAUUCUUUGGAACCGUAAAAACUAGCCUACCUGAAGUAAUCAUGAAACAUAUUUUUGCACUUGUGCAAAUAUUGACCAUGAUUUGGUUGGUCACCUUGGCAUUCCCGCAAAGAGAUUUCCAGUGGCCGAGCGAGAUUUUAGAUAAUUUCAAUAAUGCGAGCAGCACCACACAAAGAACAAUUGAUUGUCCCUGCAUUGCAACUGCAGAAUAUAAUCCAGUAUGUGGCAGCGAUAAUGUUACCUAUUGGAAUAUGGGAAGAUUUAAUUGUGCUAAAAAUUGUAACCCACAACUUGAAGUAAGGGUGAUGAGAGCUUGCGAACCAUACAUCCAACUGAGCAGUAGUUGAACGAUUCAUUAUCACUUCCAUACGACUAAGAAAAUGGCAUAUGGAUAUUUUAUGAAUGUAGAUAAAUAAAUAAAGAUGUUUUAUAAUAUUGA